GUUGCUGAGCACAGCUCAUGCCAGGGAGGUGUCCUCCCGUCCUGUUACCCCCGAGGCUGAGCGGCCGCACGGACACCGGGAGGAGACUAAGACAGAGCAGCACUGCCUUUGGAGCCGUGUUCCUCAGCCCCUGCGCUGCACACUAGGCAGGAGGCCUCAGAGGCUGACCCAUCCACCAGGCAGGAGGGUCUGAUGCAAAUCCAAAGUGUGAGGCUUUGUUGGCAACACUCUGGAAUGUGAAUGAGACUCACACACUUCACUUCCUAAAAAUGACAGCAGUUACUCGGCAAGAAGUUCUGCGCCUCUACCGCAAGAUCUUCCGCAUAGCCAGCAAGUGGCAGUCGGCAGCAGGAGGGGCAGAGGAGACUGUUCAGGAGAAGGAGUACAUUAAAAGUGAGGCCAGAGCACUCUUCCGAAAGAACAAAGAUGUAACAGAUCCAAAGUUGAUUAAGCAGUGCAUAGAAGAAUGUGAGGCAAGAAUAGAGAUUGGACUUCACUAUAACAUCCCCUACCCGAGACCUAUCCAUCUGCCUCCUAUGGGUCUUGCCCAUAAGCAAGGGCGCACCUUGCGACACCAGGAAAAGCUAAGGAAGAUUUCUAAGCCAAUAUACCUGAAAUCCCAUGAUGAAAUUUCAUAGCUCAUCCUUUCAGCUGGGAUGUGUCAUCACAUCCUUUCAGCUGUGGACUGCAAUCCAGGUGACUCCUGUGCACAACUGUGAAUGAAGCAGCUUUGCUCACUCUCCACGUUUCCAGAGGCCAAAAAGCUGAUUGAUGCAUGGCAUAUGGUGGAUAAGGUUGGUCUAAUGUUUACUACAUUUCGACCCCUGACUCAUCAAUAAAAGUAACACUUUCCAAGGA